GCAUCUCUCGGCGAUGGCGGCGGCGGAGGGCGCGGGGCAGCAGUGGGUGCUGGUGGAGAUGGUCCAGGCCUUUUAUGAGGCUCCAACUUACCAUCUUAUUUUGGAAGGUAUUCUAAUCCUAUGGAUAAUCAGACUUCUCUUCUCCAAGACGUACAAGCUUCAGGAGCGAUCUGACCUCACACCUAAGGAAAAGGAAGAAUUGAUUGAAGAAUGGCAACCAGAACCACUUGUUCCUCCUGUAUCCAAAGACCAUCCAGCUCUCAACUACAAUGUUGUUUCAGGGCCUCCAAUUCAUAACAUUGUCGUGAAUGGCAAGGAAUGCAUAAACUUUGCGUCAUUUAAUUUUCUUGGGCUUUUGGAUAAUGAAAGGGUCAAGAAUGCAGCUCAGAAUUCUCUGACAAAAUACGGUGUUGGCACCUGUGGCCCAAGGGGAUUUUAUGGAACCUUUGAUGUACAUCUGGAACUGGAGGAACGACUUGCCAAAUUUAUGAGGACCGAGGAAGCUAUAAUAUAUUCCUAUGGAUUUGCUACAAUUGCCAGUGCUAUUCCUGCCUAUUCAAAACGAGGAGACAUUGUUUUUGUUGAUGAAGCAGCCUGCUUUGCUAUUCAGAAAGGCUUACAGGCAUCCAGAAGCAACAUUAAGUUUUUUAAACACAAUGAUAUGGUUGACCUUGAGCAUCUACUCAAAGAGCAGGAGAUUGAAGAUCAGAAGAACCCCCGUAAAGCUCGUGUAACCCGGCGCUUUAUCGUGGUUGAGGGUUUGUAUGUUAACGCUGGAGAUAUUUGUCCUCUUCCGGAAUUGGUAAAGUUGAAAUACAAAUACAAAGUGAGGUUAUUUUUGGAAGAAAGUCUUUCCUUCGGAGUGCUGGGAGAACAUGGACGAGGAGUUACAGAACAUUAUGGAAUAAAUAUGGAUGACAUUGAUCUUAUCAGUGCAAACAUGGAAAACUCCCUGGCUUCUAUUGGAGGGUUUUGCUGUGGGCGAUCCUUUGUUAUUGAUCACCAGAGAUUAUCUGGUCAAGGGUACUGCUUUUCAGCCUCUCUGCCUCCUCUCCUAGCUGCUGCCGCCAUUGAGGGCCUCAAUAUCAUGGAGGAAAACCCAGGGAUUUUUCAGAUUUUACGACAAAAAUGCAAGCGAAUACACCAGGCUUUACAAGGGAUUCCUGGUCUACGUGUAGUGGGGCAAUCCCUUUCUCCAGCAUUGCACCUCCGCUUAGAAGACAGCACUGGAUCUCGAGAGAGUGAUGCAAGGCUACUGAAGGAAAUUGUUGAUUAUUGUAUGAACAGAGGUAUUGCAUUAACCCAGGCUCGCUAUUUGGAGAAAGAAGAGAAGUUUCUCCCACCACCCAGCAUCCGAGUCGUAGUGACAGUAGAACAGACAGAACCAGAAUUGGACAAAGCUGCCUCGCUUAUCAGGGAAGCUGCGGAGUCGGUGCUGAACUAAGGCCUGCAUACUUGAGUCUUCAUUCUUCACACAACACUGGGAAUACCGAUUUUCCUACUGUAUGGUGGAUUGGCUUGUGCUCCCAAGGUUCAAGCUCGUUGACUUUCUCUUCUGACGGAGUGGAAAGCUCAACUUCCACUGAGUCAUUCCAGAACAAACAAACAAAAAGGUCACAAAUACGGGAACGUGAAACUCUGCUCACUGUAUAAGUACUGUUUCUAUUGGAGAUCAUUGUUAUCACUGGCAUUUUACAUGAGUUUCACCUCUGUUCUUAAAGGGCCUUAUUCCUUUCCCUCACUCUCUAAAUGUGUAAAACAAGCCGAGCUAUUUUUGAGAGUUUUGUGUGUAACGCUAAUGAACAUGAAAGGGUGAAAAAACUUACACGAUAUUCUUCAUUUAACCUCUCUUAAGAUGUAUUAUUUUAAGUAACAUUCCCCCAAACAGGUUCCUAUUACUGUCAGACCAGAUAGUUAAAUGGUAUUAUGGAAUUAACGCUUUUGAAUAAUGUACUUAAGUAGCUUUUAUUACACUGGGUAUGUGGGAAUUUUGUACACUUUUUUUUAAGAUCUUUUAGUUUUUGAAAUUCCCAGAAGGAGCUGUUUUUUCUAACUAUUUCUCUGGUUUCCAUUAAAUGUCUUAUCUCAUGCCAGUUCCUUUAUUCUAUACAAGUUGACCUUUCCUGUGAUUUUACCACGCAUUUAACUUUUAUAUACCAGUGAUCACCAGUGUUGUGCACCCAUUGGAGCUCCCAGUUAAAUUUCAGUCUCAAUCUCCACUGGAUUGAGUUCAGCAUUAUACAAUCUGUAUGCACACACAGAUGAAAUGCUGGUAGAAUUUCUUCUGCCAAAUAUCGAUCUCUUACCAUAAUCUGGUGGGUGCAUAAAUUAAUGGGAAAACUAAUUCACUCAUAAUGUUUCUUGUCCAUGUUUACUCAUCAAUACCUUUAAAAACCAUGAAUAAAUUAGAAAUACUUAACAUUUAGUUGCAUGGGCACAUAUCCCUACUGUAAUCAGGAAGUUCCAAUUUCUCUCUCUCUCAAUUACUUGCUUGAGACUACCACUCAGGUCUCUGCUAAAGAUGUGCAGAAAAGGGACUGUCAUUGAUACCAUAGAAGUUUCAGUAUGUCACCUGGAAUCAGGAAGACCUCUUUUCGCCCUUCAAGGAAGUUAGCAUACUAUGAAUUUGCCAUGAUAACUGUUCCAGAUUUCUGGUGAAUACUAUUUUUUAAAGACUUUCUGUUAACGUCUAGGUUGCUUCUACACUCCUGUGCCUUUUUUGGUUGCUGCUACAUAUUCCAGCGCUCUAUUUGACACAUAAUUUUUUUAAAAAAAUAAAA